CAAUGGAGGUGGUUGCUCAGGGGUUCAUACCGAGUCACGUACCACUGUCGAAGUUGUGCUAUUUUCCACCACUUAAUGCGGUUGUGGGCGCUUCAUCUGCUGGCUCAUUAUAUUUAUUCGAUGGUUCAAGUGGACGACUAAUUAGGAGUAUCGAUAAGACCAUUUUACAACCAGAUUAUGAAACAUGUUUGACAUAUUUCGCCACAAGGGAAUCUUUGGUUAUUACGCGUGGCCACCUGUUCAACGCAAGAUCUCAUUAUACGGACAUCCUGCUGUUGGACGAUAUACUUUGUGAACCGGUUCAGAACACAAAGGACAUAGUGACUCUAGAGUUCAAUGCUGAACAAGCGACCCUACUCGAUACCAUUUUAAUGUCAGACCUGGGGCAAGUUUCGGUUUUGAAAGAAAACGGAGUAACUAUAACGUACAAUAAUACAGGGGCAGUUAGAGAUGCGAAGUGGAAGACGCUGACAAUCACUGGCCCGCACUCAACUCUUACCCAAUGGGUCCAUUGGAUUCUACUUCACGCCACAUCAGAAGACCACCUCCCCGUGUCCAAUUUGAUGUCGUCCACGGAUAACCGUCUGGUCAGAUUACUCAUUUCUGACGAGCUAUUGAUCGCAAGUAUCUACUUUUCAUCAUCGCGUCAUAUGGAUGUGGAAAACUAUCGACGUCUGACGUUUUGUAACUGGCCCCAUACCAAUUAUCGUCACAUCCUCACCGCAGCUGAUGUCUUUUCAUUUGUUAUUCUUCAUCCGGCCCGUUCUUUCUGCUUUUAUUUAGAAGCCCGAUCCAGCGAACCGGCACGCAAACAAACGAUCUCAACUUCUCCGAUAUCCGUUCUGAGUAGCACAGCUUCAAAGGAUUUCAUCGCCACUUGCACGCUAACUGGUGAUGUUACCAUUUGGGACGUGUCCUCAUUCAACCGCAAUGCCAUGGAGUUCCGGUUAGUGGACCUGCUGUCGUCUGUGUGUAAUGAAGAUGUUAAUGCUUCACAACUGGAAGUCCACAGUGCAUGUCUACUGGCCCCCAAAUCAGCUGCACAGAGCCUGGAUAGGAUAGUUGUGAAUAGUCCAAGACCAGGAACACUGAGACACUACCCUGCUGAGCACCACCUAAUUCUUGGCUGUCGUUUGCCCGAUUAUGUGAUCGCUUCUGUGCAACGUUCAACGCUGGUCAACGUUGCUUCAAUGCAACCAUCUCCCGUGCAGUCUUUAGCGACCACAGGAAACUCUUCAUCCCUGUGUUUAGUCGUUGUUCGACUGUUUCCCCUGAAUGCUAUGAGUUUGAUUUGGGCCCAAGACAAUAUUCCCGUCUCACCGAGGGAACGCAUCAUGAGUGAACCUGAAGUAGGCGUUUUGUGUGAAUCGUACCUUUCUCCUCCAACCCUAACGCUUUUUGAUCCAUCUGCAAAGUCGCAUGUGUUCUCCGGGAACUACGAGGGUUUUGAUGUGGAAAUGGAACAACCGAACUCGGAGGAUAUGGACUUCCAGGAUGUAGACGGCACGUCGGAUCAGGUCGGUCCAAUAUUCUUGAUUCCGAACGGUGAUUCGGUGACUCAUGAGUUAACUCAACAUGAAAGUGAUGGCGAGGACGAAGAGGGGCAUCAAGCAUUCCACGCUUACUCCGAAUCGGACGAAGAGGAUUUGAAAGCGGAUACCGAGGCAGAGGAUCAAUCCAAAGCAGUGAUAGAGCAACUUAUGGCAUAUCCGAAUAUGCCAUGUCUUGAAGAAAAGGGCGCGAUCACUUUCUACGCUUCGCUUGGCCUGUCCAGUGUGGCUCAGGAAUUUGCUGAGCCAUCGUUGGUGCGGCUGGCAGCCAACGAACAUCUCAGUCCAACUCCCAGUGGAGAUUCUGAUGCGUGUCUUCCUUCUGCGCUUGGAGGGAGUGAUGUGGAAAGCCAUCCUUUCUCGGAACAGUUAGAACAAGCUUGUGGCCCUUCAGCACCGGCAGCCUUGCCUGAGCUGACUGAGACAGGUGAUCCACGCCUUUCCUUCAGGAUGCCGAAGAUACUUGGUAUUACAUCACUCCAUCACGCAGCAGGUGCUCCGCCAAAGUCACGGCUCCUUCAUUUGUUACCUGUCACUGCGGAUGGUAUUGGUGAACAAAGUAUCCUUGUUUGUUGUAGCUAUCCACCGCAGGAAUCUGCAAUUCCGACCUGUGAAUCUUCUGCAGUGGUGUUUGGUGGUUCCCUUUACGUGCACAGCUACCGGUCAGCUGAGACAUCCACAAAUUCUUCCCCCAUCAGCGAACAGGCUUUGGUUGGAAUUGAUUUACCUCCUGAUUUGUGCCCUGAGGAGGUUUGCAUCGUUCAGCCGCUGUCAAAUGUUCCAAGUUCGGAUACGGAGCAAAGUGAACUUGCUAGUGACUCGUCUCCUCAGGUUGAUGUGAACAAAUCCGUGUCAGAGUCUGCUGGUUUUUCUUUCCAUCUUCAUUGUUUACUUUUAACUACCUCCGGUAGCUUGGUCAAAGUGUUGUUGCGUCCAGAGGGCUCUCAAACCAUGAUAGUCCUUCCAUCUCCCCCACGCUCUUCGCCACGCCCCACCUGUAUCACCUACUGCUCAGAGACUGGAUUUAUUUGCAUCGGAGACACAUCUGGUAUUCUGACAGUCUAUAACCCUAAAAUCGAUUGGGAUAGAGGCACGUUACUCCUAAGCACUGAAGCAGCUGGCACUGAGCAGCUAGACAAAACGGACGGUAUGGACCAGAAUGGUCACUUAUUCGCCUACUCUUCGAAUCGUCCGAUAGACGCCCUGAUCAUCAUGACCCGUUUAAUCGCUUCUCAUCCACUUCAGUCGCGCAUUCUUGUAACUUUCAACGCCCCCAUUGGCUGGUCCGAAGUCACGCUCGGCAAUGAGGCAACAGGUUCAAGUGACACUCUCGGAACCGAUUCGGUUACUGGAGCUUCUGGAUCCAAGGCUCGGCGAAAGGCCAGUGUAUUCAGCCGACUGCCGGAUACACUGAUAGCUAAUGAGUCCGUCGAGUCGCCCCUCACAGGCGAUGGGGCACACCACAGUGAAACGGUCAGUGUGCUCGCUCGUCUGGUGGUACGUCAUUUGCUUGCAUCGCCUGGAGUGAAAAAUAAUUCCUCAGUCGCUCUUCGUAACCGUAAUUUAGCCGGUGCCGCCCUAGCUGUACAAUUAGCGCUUACAGGUGGACCUUCGGCCCGAAUGUGGGAAUACAAUCCGACUCAUGUGGCGUUACAAGGCCUUUUACCGACCAACAGCGACACCGCUUCGCAACCCCAGCCAAGCUGCAGUGUCCAGAUGCUCCCCAAGUUAUUACGUCGGGACCAUCGCACACAGGAAACGGAUGGAUUUGAAUACUUUUUGGAGAUCAAUCUGCUUCGGGCUUAUUCGCUCUCACAUUUUGGACUACAUCUGUUACUCGCAGAUCCAAAGGUUCAGAAUUCAUUUUCAGUGUAUAUCACCCUGUUGAGACAGACUAUUUCUUCUACUGCCACCACCGCCUGCUCACACUGCGAAGAUCCCAUGGACCCUUUAGACUUGCCUGGCGACCCCGAUUUGAUGGUUCACGAUCUCCAAGCCCCGUUUAUUGAUGAAGAUCCCCGCGUCUCACAUCCUACUCCGCUUCCAACCAAAGGGGACUCCCCGGAAUUCACCAGACAUCCUAUCUCGCAAAUUCGACUGCGUGAGCUGAACGGAGAAAUAGUCGCAGGUCCAUAUCUACUAUCGGACUUUAUCAAUCCUGAUGGACAGUACGCCUUUUUGCCAUUAACCAGUCCAGACUUGUUCAAAUGUCGGUCCAGGCUGUUUGGAAUUCACUUUCGUAUCAUCCCUGGUUCAACCACGCAGUUGGAUGACGAUAGCAGUGCGAUGCUUGGUCGGUCAACCUUAUCAGACUUGUUCUACCAGAUCGGUCUUACAGUGCACUGCUUUGUACGACCGGCAUAUCAAUGUCGAUCUCCCUGUUCCUCAGGCGAUGGUCCUGAUUCCACCCGGCCUUCAACCCCCGUUGUCACGCGUAUGGUUCCCGUAUCACAUGAACGAGCUCAAAGGUUGGCACUAUUGCGGUCAAUGCAGUUUCAUACGGAUUUGCUGGGCUUGCUCGAAUCAAUGGGCACUCAACGCUGGCAAAUUAAUGUUGAAAAAUUCGGAUGUUUGGGACGACACCCUCAGUUGAUUUUCCGCUCGGCGCUGCAGUUGCUGAACUGGAUUGCGACAACUUAUCAUCACGAACUGCACUGGCCCAACGACGUGCUCUCUCAUCUGUUUACUGAAACCGCUAAAAUUUCCAAGCAUCUGGUGCUGAAUCUGCUCGUUCUUGCUGAUCGUCAAGUCGUGCAGAUGGGUCUCAACUGCUUCCUUGCUCUGCUGAGUUUAGAGAAGAUGUGGUUAGGUACAUCUUGUGAUGCGCGUCGGCCGGUGGACUCCUUUCAAGACAACUUAUUCCAGUUGUUUUCUUCGGAAACCGACUUCUUGGCACGCUGCUUUUUCACUGCACAGUGUUCAUCUGGCGCGGACGCUUUGCUGUCACUAAUCGGUGUAUUCCUAAGUGACUCCAGUCCACAUCCAACAGGCCAGUUGACCAGACAACUGAUGCAUGUUGUCCAGUGUUUGGCAUCCCGUUAUCGAGACCAAACAUCAGUUCUAACCUGCUUCGGUGAGCUGAAGACCAUGACUGAGUAUCUUAUGGCCAAGUAUGGUCUUUACUACGAUUUUGGCGAUCCUACUGUCUUUGAGCUCGGGACGGCACAAUGGAGUCACUUGGGUCUGAAUACUACUGCGUUACCAUUUCCUCAACGAACAAGGGGUUCCACGACCUCCCGGAUAAAAGUUUUAAAUUCUUUGAUCGACUUCACUGCACAUCCACAUUCGGAAUCGGGUGAAACAGAUGACGCAGAUGAACACAUCGGUUCACACCAGGCACCUACUUCGGUACUCAAACCGGAUCCCAGUAAAUCAUCAACUGCGAGUGCUUCGAAAACUUCUGGUCUGCCUGCAGCCUACAUCACGUUCCUAGCCGGUGGCUCAGCAAAGUCCUUGGUCUCAAAUCACGUCCAGCCAAACGUCACAUUUGCUCAGGCGGUUGCCGGACCUUCGACUGCCUCGGGUGAAACCUCAUUGUUUCCAGCACUACAAAAUAGUGCCCAUUUAGAAGCCUAUUUAGCCGAUCUGAUCACUUUGACUCGUUCCAUACCUAGCCCUUCAACUAACUCACCUCGUCCGUCGGGGGCACUACGUAUUGGAGGAAGUCUAUUUCCCGACCUUCAGGAUUGGCCCAUGAGAGGACUACUCGAUGUGGAACCAUUGCGCGUUGGAUCAGGUGAAGGUUGCGUAGAAAGUUGCUCUGGUUGCAAGUUGGAAAGGGUUGGGUUCUUCACUGGCUUUCCGGUAGAUUCCGAUGGCGGCACUGCGAUGGUGUCAACUCCUCAGGCAGAGCAGAACACAGAACUAGCUUGUUUGCUGGCUGCAACGGAACAUUUGACUUUUCCGGCCGAGGCAUAUCAUUUGGUGAUUUCUCGGAUGCAUCCGGGGGCUGAGCGCACUGUUGUUCUAGCAUUUCAUCCACCUUCAGUCAACCAGAUUGAUUCAUUUUCUGGGCAUUUACUCACUGAUGUUAUCAUCCCGGUCAAUCCAUACUUGGCUUGCCUGACAGUGGAGGCAUUGCUGGAUGAACACGCAGGUGGUUUCGACUUUGGUGCUCGAGAUGGUGGUUCCCGCCUAAUCUUAGUUUCUACGCUUAUCAGCCAACAGCCAGUGGUUCUUCGUGAUAUCAACCCACCAGUACCCUUUAGUCGGCUCCGAAUUACUAUUACUGCUGCGUUGGACUGUACCCUCACUCGUGCCCGUUUUCACCUUGGAGCAUAUUUUGGACGUUCCGGACUUCUCUCUCAGGCUAUGACAUCGUCUGUCGGUCGACAAUCCAGAAAUUGGGAAUGGAUUUUGUCUAGCGGAUGUGCACCACCCCACUCAGAAGAAAUAUUUGGUGACUGUGACAUCCGAAAAGACCCUCUAAUAUACCGUUUGUGUUCAUUGAUUAAUGGUAACUUGAGCGCGUUAAACAUGGUACAAACAGAACUCCUACAGAUACUCCAACAGUCGCACGCUGAGGAAUCGCAUUCAUUGUCGAAAACGCCAAGUUGUGCGACGGAGAACAAAUCCGCCACACUGGUUUCAGCUCUCUACACUCGUUGCUGGGAUCUCCGUUUUCAAGUUAACUGGCUUCAACGCUUGCUUGAUCGUCUGUUGUCACACGGCACGCUAACACCUGGAGAAGGAGAACCGGAACAUAACAAGUCUGCGAUGGAUCUGCUAUGCACGUUACCUGUGGACAAUACGCGAUACUUGCUGGAGAAUUGCAUGCUAUCCCUACUUACGCACCUGACGCAACUAAAAACUCACAUUAUCGAUUCCACUACACAACUGGAACGUUCACAAAGGCAAAAUGUUCCACCGUUCAAGGAGGAGCUAAAUGAAAUGCUGUCCACUCUGAUGCGCACGACUUUCCCGAGCGGCACUAGAUCGAUGCAGCUCAUGGUGCGGACAACGAAAUCGUUUUUCGAUAGAAACCUUUUAGAGGUGGUCUUAGUCAUCUUAGACCUGCUGUUCGAAUCGCAAUCUGUCGGUGUGGAGUCUACGUGCGUGCGUAAGCUUGCUGAGGUAAUAGAUAGUCAAGGUGCUGUUCAGUCUUCUCUCAUCGGUCGAUUAGGACUACUUCGGUGGUACUACGAUAAACGGCUCCAGUCGUUCCCUAAAGAUGGUGAAUCCGGCUCAAACUUGCCUCGAGAGAAUGUUACAAAUCUGACCAACUCUCCACUUGCACGAUACGAAUGUUCCAGGGCGAUUUUCUACCGGUGGCAUGUACAUCGUUUGUCACAGCACCUGAAGAAAUUUACAGCUGCUCGUCGCCAGCGGUACGAGCGCAUUGUUCGAGAUCAGUUCCCGCUGGGCUCCUUGUUCGUUGAACGUUCCAUGGAAUUGCGUCUGCUUUCACUGAUGCGCCUGUGUAUUCCAUCUGGUGCACCUGGAAGUAACAACACCUUGUCUCAGUCUUCAGGAUUUGGUAUUCCUGCACUACCUGGUCCGCGGCUAUUGAUUGAUGGUUCUGCAGUCCUGACGCCGGAAGUCCCACGUGGGGUGAAUAUAUCGUCGCCAUCCAAGACAAUCUUGGUCCUACAGCAAAUGAUCCCUUCCGCAGUGAAUGAACUGGUUCACCUGGGUUUGGUUCAGUUUCCUUCAAUGAUUUUCGAUCGUUGCUACACCGAAUCUGUGUCCCCGCAGAGCUUUUUCCUAGUUUGCAAGCUGAUCGGACGUUUGGUUAACCAUUUGACAUCUGACCAGAUCAAUGAAAUAUUUGCCCCAGGGACCAGCAAACUUUCCGAAUCUCCCCUUUUCCGGUUAAUUCAUCGCUUGUGUUGCACCACAGAUGAGGUGAUGGCAGCGGCGAAGGAUCUACUUAUCCAUGGAUUGACACUAAUUUUGAGGUAUACAAGUCCGUUGGCGCGAUCCACCGGAGCUGGUUCAUCUUCUAAAUCUCUCGACGACUCAAACGACAUCCAGACGUUUACCUCUCUACCGUUCACUUCGCUAACUGAAUACCCGUCGACCCCGCUUAGUUCUAUACCCUGUGCCAGCUUGCCGUUUGUCCUACUUAAUGGUGCAGUUCGAUCAAUACUGAACACCUCGAGUAGUCCGGACUCUGUAGACCUACUUCACGGCGCAGCUUCCCUUGACGGAAGACGAACGUUGCUCAAUUUGAUAUCAGAGUGCUUCGCGCAGCUGCUGCGUCGACAGUCAGCAUCUCUUCUUGCUGGACCUGCUGACAGCUGUGUGAAUACGAAGAACGUUCUGCAUCUGUUUCUUGCCCUUUCUGGUGAACCUCGUUUUGAACCUUGGAGAUUAACCGUCACUCCAUCGGACUCGAUAAUAACCUUGGAUAUCGAUGUCCUGGAUCAAUUAUUACAGGACCUGUUAACAGAAGUGAAAACCGUCAGUAAUUCCGUGAUGGAAAUGAUCGUUCUUACUUUACGGUUUGUCGCCACAGUUGCCUCACAGUCCGAUACACUUCGGCUUCACUUACUUCAGUCCCAAGAGUUCUCCGCGUUCAUUGAUUUCAUCCUACAGAAGCCUCCAACGUCUGAGUCGAACGUUGUCGGUGUCCUUGGCACACAUGCCAUGGAGGUUCUCUUCUCCUGGUUUGCAUUCACUACUUGGAAACCAACUGCCGGCGAUUCAGUCCAUCCCUUCGAUCGAUUCUGUAUUGAGCGUUUCUUGACCCUGCUUAAUCAUGGUAACAGACCAUUGAAGAAAAACAGUGAACCAUCUAAAUCGAUCGGAUUUCACUGUGGCCCAAGUGACCUUCAGGCUGUACUGCUGGAGGCCGUAUAUCGUCGACUGCAAACAAUUCACCAGCCGAUUGUGCUCAAUACAAAGGUUAUGUCUGAAGCUUGUCCGAUCGUUCUGUGCUCCUCCCACACUGUUACCAACCUCUCUUUCGAGUUGCUGCUGGAUUUGACCACCAACGUUCUUAAGUGUUUUCAUGGAACCAAUGGGAAGUUCCUCUGCAAUGCAGAAGAACGGUCGUGUCUUACAGCUCGGUCAACCAUAUUUGACGCAGAUUACGAAGCUUCUCAGUCGAAAUUCGCUUUAUGGUCGACGCGGUUAUUGGAAGGUUAUGAUGUCGAGUUUUCGGAACGCGAUGAAGAUCCUGAUGCUGACUCUGGAAUGUCCAGAUUGGUCUGUUGCCUGUUUCCCGGUCGGUGUUCGGAUGCACCCACCUACUCUUCCCUCAUUUCGACGUCUGAUUUUCAUGGUCGUCUCAUGGCUCGGAUUUUCUAUUGUCUUCUGGUUCGAUUGCUGUCUGAUUCCGAAGCUACUGAUGCUCAUUCCUCCUUCUUCUACUUUACCGGAUUUGCGAUUGAACUCCUUAUCGAUCUCCUGCAAAGGGCUACCGCUCCGCGUGAGGUGUGCCGUAUAGUGACCCUUGCUUGCCUUGUUGGUGGUUGGCCGACACUUCGCCGCUUGUCCGAACAGCUGUUCAAUGACUUUUAUCCAAAUACCACAAUGGAUUGGGUCCUGUUUGCUUUGAUCACUUUUGUUACCAAACAUUCGAUAUCAAGAAGUUAUUUCUUGCACCACGUGCGUUCCUCCUCCACAUCAAACCGCGUUUCCUGCCCCCUGCUCCUCCUACUAGCAUAUUGCUAUUCGGACAUUUGCGGGCAAGAUGACGAAAUCGCGGAGAUUUCUAUCCGGACAUUCCUGUUUCAAUCUUCGCAUGAUGCUGACAUGAGCGGUUUACUGAACCAGCGGAUUCAGUCGUUUCUCAGUGACUUGCAAUUUGAACCCAGGGUUUAUCUCGGGAUUUCGGAAUUAGGCCAGUCGGCCGUUGUCCAUGGGCUCCCCAAUGGAGAGUUCCCGUCUGCCUCGUCCAGUCUGCUUACACACUACCUUCCUGCCGGAAUAAGUGCACCCAUCACAGCCUUCAGUGGGUCCGCAUUAGACCACUGGCGCAAUGUUGCACGAAUCCCACCAACCCCAAUGACCAUCCAGGAUACCCUUUUAGGGGUCACGAUGACUUCUCAACAGGAUGCCUAUGGGAAGCCAUUGUGUGACUUCUCUUCAGUUGCUUCGUUUCAGUCAGACGUUAUCGAUGGGGAAUCUGCCUCGUUAAAUAUGGCCCUGGCCGCGAGAAACCCUUCUGGAAACACCACAUUCCCGUUAUAUCUGGGUUCCCUCAGUCGCAACGUCGACCGUGAUACUGCCGACCUCGCAGUCAUCUUGGCAAAAUCUACUUCGUCGCUCAGUGACCAACUUCUUUCGAUCCUGGCAGCUAGUGACCAAUCUCAGCGGUUUGUAAGUGUAACUGUUCGGUUCCCAUGUCUGAUUUGGUUAUGUUCAGUUGUGAUGGAAUCAUCCGAUACGGCGGUAGAACAAGGGCCCUCAGCUGUCACCUUAGAAUGCUAUCGAGACAUACCGGGACAAAGUCAAUGCAGUCUGGUAGCCACGCACGAAGCAAAAGCCACACCACGAACUUCUAAUGGUGAGCGGUCCUUUGACAUUCCGCAACCGAACCCUCCGUGUAUCAGUUUGGUAUUCCCGCCCUGUCUCGUCAGUCACCUGAGGUUGAGAUUAUACAAAAGCAGAGACUUGUCAAGGAAAUUAACCCUUUCCGCGCUUCGUCUCUACGGCCGUCAUGUCGAACCAGCGGAGUCGUUCAGUACGCGUCACUAUUCGGGUCGAGAGAUAUCAAAACUAACUCAACCAUCUGACAUGGCCAGCUCCAUUGCUUUGCUUCAUGUGAUCCAUAACCAGGUUCUAGCGCACGGCAUACCUUUCGAAUUGGUCACCGACUCACUCGUAGAACGCUUGACUAGUUCCGUUAUUCACUCUAGCUUGUCCAAAGAACUGUCGGCACAAGUCAAUCAACUAUCGGCUAUCGCAGCCUGUCAUCAGGAGUUUCGUGAGUUGGUAUCUGAGUUGUGUGACCUUUCUUCCACGGAAUUCGAAUCUUCUGGUCGACCCAGCAUGAAAUCCACGACCGAUUGGUUAGAUCCACGGCAACUUUCUUCGUCGGAACAAUCGCGUUCCACGUAUUGGGGAACUUCUCCGAAUUCGACCGUGCUUGCAGAACGAAUACUGAUCAAUCUAAUCAGUCCUCCGAAUGCAUUGUUUACGGGCAGUCGGGGCUGGAACAAACGUUUGGCUUCGCAUGUGCUUUUCAAGUUACUUCGUGAUGAAGACUGUUGCCCUGCUUCUCAUGAGACUACAUCUCUACUACAAAAUCAAGGUUCAGUUGGUUAUCCUGAUUUUUUUCCCUUUGUAUUUCAUGCUCAAGAGAGUUCCCGGCCAAUGCCCCCGCUCUCUUUCGGACCGAUGGUCUCUAUUUGUUCCACUUCCAGUCAACGAUUAGUUACUUGGCUUUGCCUACACGCUGACGGUGGACGGUCCGAACGCCUAGAACAGAUAUUGCUGUGGCUAAAGCGUCUUUGCGAACCGGGUUUAUUGUCCAAGAAACUUCAUCGUGCGCUACCAGUGGACUACGGGGCCGAAUUGCUCUCGGUUUUGGCUGGAGUGUUUUGGCAUAUGGCUCACUCAACCGAAGAGGCGUGGCGCCAUAUCAUUACAGACGAUUUUGUCUGUCUGGCGUUAUACAAAAAGUUGGGAGUUAUCUUUCUCACCAGUUUCAUGUGUACUCAGUUUCGCCCGCCACUACUUGUGUCUGAUCUAGUCCUGGUUGCGCUUGCUGCCGCUCUCAUCAUGGCCAUGUUACUAUUCCUCCUUUACAGCAUGGUGUACAACAAGGCUUUCGAUCUGUUCCUACGAAGUCCCACUUUGCGUACGCCAUCCUCGCGACUGGGGCUGAGAACUUUCGCGGAAGCACUGACUGGGUUGCUGUGUUCUUUGUGUGCAAUUCAACCCAGUGCUCUCACCUGUAUCUUGCGACAGUUCAUCGAGGAACGAUGCACGAAUCCCCAUGGAAACCCGGACGUACAAAUCCAUUUGCAUCUUAUAGCCACAAUGGUUCGAUCUGAACAAGCCAUCAACCAUCAGUUCAUCUCCAGCCACAACGAAACCCACGGCUGUUCUUUGCCUGCUUGUUGUGAGUGGUUACGUGCACAUUUGAUCUCAGAUAAUGAAGCCUCAUCUCUUCGUCCGUUACAUGCACGUAUGCAACUGCUGUCGCGCCUAUUGCAGCCUGACCAACCGAAUUUGCUGCGUCUGUAUUUAGGUCGGAUUGUCACUGACCGUGUUCUGCCCAGUCUCUUCCAGUAUUUCACCCGUUUUCCUUCGAUGAGCAGCCGGCUAUCUGUGCGACAAAAUUCAAGUAUGCUACAGGCUCCGGACUACAAACAACUCUGCUUUGAUGCUGUUCGACUCUGUCGGGCUUUAAUGACUCCGCUAAAUGCAGAUUUUCUGUCCAACAAUGCUACGGGCCACGCAGUCUCACCGCACAUGUUUCAGCUUCAGCUUGCCUCGUUUCUCGCCCAAACUUUAGAACAGGUCCUCGAUCGACGGGAAAUUCAUAUCCCAGAAUUCGCACAAAGCCUUUUGCUUGAAUCACUGAGACCAACAACCGGCAGUAGGGCCAUCGCCGUUUUCGCCGUGCGCGAUCCGAACAAUCCGUAUGAUCCUGCGCUCACACUGACUGGUCCCCCUUUAGCACCAAAUAAACUGCCGCCGAUUAAGGCACUUUCUGUCGGAGCUCUUUGUGCCUGGAUUCGUCACUCAGCUCGAAACCUGGAAUUUGAUUGUUCUGUACAUCCGAGUCUAGCUCAAGCGAUCCUGUUGUUGAACACGUCGGAUCCAUGUGGAACUGGUGACUUUUCUAACAAGCGGAUUCCGUUGGUUAUCGCCCAUUUACGAUUGAUGCUCUGUGCACUGCUGUACCCGUACGCUGCCAUCCCAUCUCGAUUAUCGUGUAAUGCAAGUGCCAAGGAUCUACCGGCGUUGUGUGGUUUCGAAUUAGCUCUUGCGCGUAAGCCUCCAUCCAAUCCAGAUAACACUUUCACAAUAUCUGAUUGGCAGAGUGCCCAUCCGCUCCCACUUGGGGCGGCUAGUGAUCAGUGGAACCUGGAUUGCAUGGCCCAUGUUGCGUACGGUCAUAUGCAAACUGGCUUCGAGCCAAUUUCCCUGCUUAUCAGACCUCGUGCCCAUUGGGACGUCACCAUAGAGGCGACAGUCAAGGAACCAGCUUGUUCAAUCCAUUUCAGUCCCAUUCCAACCUUUUCCUCGAUCUUGGUUGAGGCAGGUGUUUUGCAGCUGCUGUCAGAAUGCGCAAUGCGUCUACAACAUGUUGAUUCCGUGUUCGAAUCAACGUAUUUGACGGAUGAUUUACAAACCACAGAGUUGGACCGACAAAAAUGCACCACCAAGGACUGCAAGACCGAUGUUAAUUCGGAAGGUUUGAAAAAAUGGAAAAACUUUUUAGAUUCCCGAAGUUCGGUCACCAUAUCUGAAACUUCUUGUCUGUCAUUGUUAGAUAAUCUUUUAGAAGGAACUCAUGCAUCGAAGAUCCGGCGUGGAUUACCAACCAACGCUGAACAGCCUGGAUCAUCAAUCAUGCCUCUUCAUUCUUUCCUCACCUACUUAGUCUUUCUGCGUUUACCAGGUUAUGCCAAGUCGUUGGCAGAAUUUACCGCCCAGUGUAACGAAUUCACUGAACACGCGGACGAUGCCAGCAGCGAUGAUCCCUCCGCAAACAGUCCAAUAUUGUGCGACCUUCUUGGUCGCAUUCUUAGCCUUCCUCAUUUUCCGGUGGGUUCUGGGGCGCUGACCUUAGAGCAGACAGUGCUGACUGGUGAUUCGGCCGACCCUCGAUUGGAUGCAGUCCGCUCUACUUCUUUCGAAGCUCUUUGUUCUUAUUACAUGACUCUCCCGUCGUUAUCGAACGAUGAGAUCGAGGCUAUUGGAUGGCAACAUAUACAUGGGGGCGUUUUGGAACUUAUUCUGAACUUUUUAGACUGUCUCUCACAUGGCGACACCAAGCGCUCGACCGUGCCCUCUAACGAAAAAUGUGCAAAAAAUUCCCCGACUUCUUUGACAGUCAUCCCGUUCCGUCACAGACAUAUUAUUCAAACAGCGAAAGUUGAUUUCGAACGUGAGUUGACAGCAAGCACUAGACAAGCUAUUCAAAAACCAACUUCAGCAUACUCCGGCGAUGUAACUACUACAAGUAAGCCUUCCCCUGAAUCCAAUGCAGUGGCUUGGGCCAAGGGAACCGGUUUCUCAACUGGAAGCUGCGCCAGCGCUUGGAGUGCAGAGGCACUACGGAUAAAAAGUGCUCGUGAGACGGGGUAUGCGACCCUGUUCUUCGAUACGUUGUCCGCGUUUUUGUUCAUUUUUACUACGCGCUUAUCUGGUCCUCUGGUUCAGACAAUUGCUCUUCAACUAAAGCAGUCUAGCUUGUUGCUACUUCUGACAAAUUACCUACGGAAUGACUCUGCCUUGGACUUGGCCAAUCAAGUGCCCCUAUAUCGUUCGGUGUUCCGACUCAUUCGGGUGAUUGCUUACUCUCCGCAGCUUCAUUGGAUCUUCUCCAGUACAGCGUCCACUGUGGGUGCACAACAAGAACAGAUAGUUCACGAAGCAUUAGCGGCCACAAAUGUGUGGCUCUCAAACCCAACUUCAAUGUUAUCACAGUUAGAUGCCUUGGAAUCGGCACCACCGUUGCCGGGAAAUUUGGAUCGCUCUUGCCCUGCUCAGCUGCUCCAAGCUCUACAAUCGUACAUGAUAAAUUAUGAAGAGCAUCUAAGGAAAUUGGGAUUCCCUAGCAGACAUGUUGAAUCCGGUGUGUCAGCUUUUGCACGGCUUCCUCCACGACAUCCAAUGUCUAAUACAAAUCAAGCGAAACGUCGUUCCGGUUUGGUUCGUCAGCAUUCGAUACGCUAUCGAAACUCCCGGCGACAAUUGUUCAAAGAAGUUGCCAAAGCGAGUUCAGCAACAAAAGUACCUACUAGGAUUGGAUCUACCCUUGCUAGCGCCUGUGAUACUCAUUUGGAACGUCGGUUGUCCGAACAGCAUCCGCCAGCACAGUUAGCCGAGCCGGAAACAUUGGAAGCUGGUGUUGAUCCGUUUGAUUUGAUCCAGUGGAAGAAACAGUCCGUACCGUUGGGUUUGUUGCAGCCCAAUAGCGGGUUUUUGGACGCACACUGGGACGAACAGUCACCCAUGGCCGAAAGUGUUGGUGAACCAGUUGAUACAGAAUCACAUUCAGUUGAGGCGAAAUCCGUGCAAGUCGUAGGACGUGCGGAUGUGAGUUCAUUUGCUGGAACUGAUGAAGUCCAGCAUGGUGAACUUGAAGAGUCCAUGGAAGCUCUUGAUGAAUUACUCCCGAUCCCCACACAAACUAUUCCUUUCGCUGAUGAGAUGUUUGAGCCAACACCAGAAAAGGAAACCAGUGAAGAAGCAACGGACACGGUAGCUCCACUGCCUGGCCGGAGCGGAACAGACUCACACACAACCAGUAGUUUUGCGGGGGAAGAUUUUCACAUCCUCAUCAGCGAACUGCAGACCACCUUGUGUCUAGUGCAGUUUUCAGUGUGGACGCUACACGCAGCUCGAUCGCUUGUCGCCUUCGAGAAUGAAGCCACAUCGGAUUCUACCUUGCGACACCUACCCACAACAGCACCUCCUGGUAUGUCUGGUACGCAGAAGCUAGAAACAGCAUCUGAACAUAAUGCUUAUUUGGAUACCCUGAAGCCACUCCAGUUCCGCAUGAUAGAAAUGUUAUCGGACCCUGUUGACAGACAGGUCAAGGCCUUGAUACCCCACCAAUUUCUUGGCACGAUUGCCGAAAUCGAGGGCCUCAACGUCGAAACUGAGCAGAACACACCGUUCUCCUUACCCACCCAACCGCACUCGUCCAAUCAGCAACCGAAACAGCCUAUCCACCAACCGACUCGCGACCAUGAUCCACGUAGCCUAACUCGAGCUCGCCGCCUUGCACAAGAAAUUAUUACACUCAGUACAGGCUUACCGUUGUCCGAAGAGAGUAGUGUAUUUGUGCGAGCCGACGAAAAUCACGUGUGCAUGCUCAAGACUCUUAUCACCGGUCCACCAGAUACUCCGUACGAGAACGGCUGUUUUGUAUUCGACAUUUGCAUUCCCGCUCAAUAUCCUAGCUCCCCACCUUUGUUUUGCCUAUUGACAACCGGAAAGAACACGGUACGUUUCAAUCCCAACCUAUAUGCGGACGGCCAUGUGUGUCUGUCUAUUCUGAACACUUGGCAAGGAAGACCAGAGGAACGUUGGGACCCAAAAACGUCUAAUUUACUUCAAGUACUGGUCUCCAUCCAGUCACUUAUUUUCGUUUCGGAGCCCUAUUUUAACGAACCUGGUUAUGAAUGCAACUAUGGUACUCCGCUUGGCCAACGCGAAAGUCAACGAUAUAAUUUGAACAUUCGUGCUGCCACUUUGAGGUGGGCUAUGUUGGAUCAGCUGUGCAAUCCCCCUGCCGGUUUCGAAGAGGUAGUCUACAACCACUUCAAACUGAAGCGUGAAGCUAUUCUUGUUCAACUUGAACGUUGGGUAGCGGAAUGUACUCAGGGAACCAGCUCGACUUCGAAAGAACAUCAGAAGCGGAUGGCUGAUUGCCUUGCGGCUCUGAAACAACAGUUCUCUCGAUUGGAUGUCGACUUCGAUGAUUGGAAGGCCAAAUAAUACCCAGUGACCUCUUGCCCAACAGUUCACCGGAUCUUUUUAUUCAGCACUUAUUUUCCACUCUCUCCAUCACACCCUUCAACCUCAUUCAGUCCCGCUUGGUUUUAUUUUUUAAGCCAGAUCAUCACUGUUAAUGGUCUUUUGCUUCCCAUGAAACAGAACUUUCGUGCUGUUACGGACGUUUUAAUGUAAAUAUACUACCAUAGGC